ACUGAUCACUUAUAUUAGGAAAUGGAAAGUUUAAAAACAAAGAACCAAGUUUUGAAAACAGAGAAAGAAAAAGAGGUUGCAAAACAUGAAGAGGAAUUGGCUGAGGUUGUGGACAAGCAUUCCAAGGAUAUGCAGGACCUAGAAUCCACCAAUAACCAGAAGUUGAUGUUGGAAUAUGAGAAGUACCAGGAGCUCCAAGCAAAGUCCCAGCGGAUGCAGGAAGAUUAUGAGAGGCAACUCCAGGAUGCUGAUGAGGGAAAGGAGCAAUCCUUGGAAGAGCUCACUGAGUAUUAUGAAACUAAACUACAAGAGAGAGGGUCACAGCUUGAACAGGCGAAUGACGAAGCUCGGCAGCAACAACGAGAGUACGAGGAAACGAAGCGACAAAUCGAAGAAGAUGCGGACCGUGAGAUCUUGGACAUCAAGAAUAAAUAUGAACGACGAUUACGAGAUGAAAUUGAGACAAAUAUGAGAUUGAAAGGAGAGUCUGGGAUCAUGAGGAAAAAGUUCAACAGCUUGAACAAGGAGAUUGACAGCAAGAACGAAGAAAUUAAAUCGAUGCAGCAAGAAAAACUUAAACUCGAAAAUGUCAUUAAGUCACUGGAGAAAGAUAUUCAUGGUUUGAAGAAGGAAAUUCAAGAACGUGAUGAAACAAUACAAGAUAAGGAAAAGAGAAUUUACGAUUUGAAGAAAAAGAACCAAGAACUUGAAAAGUUCAAGUUUGUUUUGGAUUAUAAAAUAAAAGAAUUAAAGAAACAGAUUGAACCGAGAGAGAAUGAUAUUAAAGCAAUGAAAGAACAAAUACAGGAAAUGGAAAGUGAAUUGGAGCGCUUCCACAAACAAAACACACAAUUGGAGUUAAAUAUCGCAGAGUUGAAACAAAAGCUGAGAGCAACGGACAAGGAAUUGCAUUAUGAAAGACAAAGGGUUCGGGACGCGGAAGCCGUGAGCAAACGAAUGAAGACAGAUCUUCAUAAUUGCGUCGGGUUUCUUCAAGAUCCAAAGAAACUGAAAGAAUCUGUCAAGUCUGUUUACGAGACUCAUGUUCACGAUGACGUGGCUGAAUCUACAAGUGUAGACACGGAUAUACAAAAGGAAUAUUCGAGGCAGCGUGAACAUCUGGAACGCUCCGUUGCCUCGCUGAGGAAAAAGUUGACCAAAGACACUGAGAUUCAUCGCGCCGAUAACGUUCGAAUAAUGCAGGAGAACGUAGCUUUGAUCAAAGAGAUAAACGACUUGCGUCGGGAGCUUAAAAUGACACGAAGUCAGUACCAUGAGUUAGAAACCUCGCUUGGUUUGAACAGAUCUAAAGCUGGGAAAGGCGGGAAGAGAAUCGAAACAGCGGCUACUGGUUCGGAUACCAGCGGCGGUAGAAGCGUACUGCGUCAAAAUAUCGAAGAAGAAGGCCCAAGGAUCAUUGAAAUGCAGAAGGGAGAGAUCCGGAAGUUACGUAAUCAGAUAAUGGAUUUGGAGGAGCAGUUGACCCAUCGCCCGCCUUCUGGAGGGAAACUCCCGCCUAUGAUACUCACCCAAUAACUUUAAAUACUGUUUCCAUUAUCGGUAGUGUUUAUUUUGUGAAAUGAGUUUGUUUUUGGCUUAAAAUAUUUUAUAUGGCUGAAAUAAAUGGUUUUGUAAUGUAUA